CGUUAGCGACACCGUCACAAAGUAAAAUAUUUUUGACGUUUCAUAUACACUUUUCUUAUCAUGGAUUUUACACUUUUACAAACGUUUAUACAAUACAAAUAUUUAUGAAAUGGUGGAAGACACAAGUAGUGAAGAUAACACAACAACUAACAAAGGUGUGAAUGCAAGAUCUGAAUCUUUGCCAGUUCGAGUUCACAGAUUUUCGGAAAGUGAAACUUCGUCGUCAAACAAUGCACCAAGAGGUUCCAUAUCCGACAUAAAAAACGAAAUUCAAAACGUAUUAGAUCUAAUGGGUCCAACAACUCCCGAUUUGACCACAUCACAUUACACAAGUAGUGAUGCAGAAAACGAUGAGUCUGUUUUGUCAGCACUUGAUACACGUCGCACGAGACUUUCUUCGGGUUGUGACAAGUGUUCAAACAAUUGUUGUUCUUCGAGUAAGAGUUCAAAUAAAAAGGAUUCGGUAAUGGCAGAUGCUGGGACCUGUUCAUUAAACAAUUUUGAGCACUUUGAAGAUAUUGAACCUUCAUGUUGUGAUCAUAAUCAUUUUAGUGUGAGGCCUGAGUGCUUGUGUAUGAGACCUGUUGCUUCGUCCACAAGAUGUGAAGGUUACUACCUUAUGCCCAACAAAAGUGGGUCGAAAUUAACAACAGUUGACUGUAAAAAACGAAAUUUAUUCGAAUGGAUAAAAAAUAGAUCACACGAACUUAUAAUAAGGAAACAAAACUACAGUCCUUGUGACUUGUAUAAAAUUAAUAUUUGUGGACAAGAAGACGACACAGGUCCUCCAAAACGAGUAGUUUUCGAUUUGGUUGAUGGUAUCCCUCGGCCAUCUUCGACCACUGUUGCAACAAACACAAUCCAUAAUCCUGUCGAAAAAACAACUAAAAACAACGAAACAAAUUCGAACAAUAAUUGUAACUGUAGUAACGAAAUAAAACCGAAAAGAACAAUGACAAUGGCACAAAGUACGAUUCAAAAAAAUGUUUACUACGACAGUGAAGGAAAUACAAGAGUUGAUUAUUAUUAUUUUGACCACGGCAAUGCGCAGUUUCUGCAUACGACUGAUACGCCUCCUGUGAUGAAAUGCGAACUUAUAGCUGAAAAAACUGAAAAAUAUACGACAAAAUUUUGGGCCGAGUUUUUUGCUUCAAUUCACAUUGGAGUGUCUUUUUGUGUGUCUUUUAUUCUACAGUUGUUUAAAUUUUUGUUGUAUAGUGUGUUUCGUCCAAUCUUUGUCGGUUUAAUGCAGAUGUGGUCGGAUUAUUUCUUCAAACCUUUUCUUACAACGCUGUUUAAUGGAGUGAUUCAACCGUUUUUAAUUUUUCUUUACAAUAUUGCUACUUCGGUUAGGGAUUUGUGUGAUCCGAUUGCGGAAGCUUUUGGGUAUUAUUGUCGUGAACUGGCGGUUUUGCUUAAGGCUAUUCGGUUGUGUAGUUAUAAGAAGAAUGGCAAAGAAGAUAGUAGUUGUGAUUACAGGAAGAAAUAUAAGUGUGAAUGCUGAAUAAAUAAUAUAAUACAUGUUUUGCUAUUAUGAAAUAUAAGAAUAUACAAUACCUAACGAAA